UGGCUCCGCCUCACCGAACGAUGCCUCCUCCGCCUUCCCGCCUGUUGGCCCUCCUCACCGCCGGCAACCCGCCGCCGCUCCGUCUUCUCCUUCAGCUCCACGCGCACCUCCUCGUGUCUGGCCUCCUCUCCUCCCUAUCCCCCUUCGCUCCCCGCCUCGUCUCCGCCUUCGCACUCACCGAACUCGCCUCCCCGCGCCCGCUCCUCCACGCGCUCGCCCUCCUCGCAUCCCUCCCCUCCCCGCUGGACUCCGCGUCCCCCUACAACGCCGCCCUCCGCGCGCUCUCUCUCUGCCCGCACCCGCACCUCCUCGACCGCCACUGCCUCCCUCUCUACCGCGCCCUCCUCCGCUCCGGCUCCGCGCGGCCGGAUCACCUCACCUUCCCCUUCCUCCUCAAGGCCUGCGCGCGCUUGCGGGAGCGCUUCUACAGCGGCGGCGCGGUGCUUGCGCACGUUACCAGGCUCGGCUUCAACUCGGACGUCUUCGUGGUGAACGCCGCUGCGCAUUACUGGUCUGUUUGUGGGUCCAUGGUGGACGCCCGCAGAUUGUUCGAUGAAAGUCCCGUGAGGGACGUUGUCUCGUGGAACACGCUCAUCGGCGGGUAUGUUCGGAGGGGUCUCCCUGGAAAGGCUCUGGAGGUGUUUUGGAGGAUGGUGGAGGAAGGAACAGUUAGGCCGGAUGAGGUCACGAUGAUUGGAGCCGUAUCAGGCUGCGCGCAGCUGGGUGAUUUGGAACUUGGGAAGAGGCUGCAUGAGUUUGUGGAGUGUAACGGGGUGAGAUGCACUGUGAGGCUGAUGAAUGCGUUGAUGGAUAUGUAUGUUAAGUGCGGCAGUUUAGAGCUGGCGACGUCGGUGUUUGGAAGGAUGGAUACCAGAACUGUAGUUUCUUGGACAACAAUGAUUGUUGGGCAUGCAAGGCUUGGGACGAUAGAGGAUGCACGGAAGUUGUUUGAUGAGAUGCCCGAAAGGGAUGCAUUCCCGUGGAAUGCUCUGAUGGCCGGUUAUGUACAGAGUAAGCAGGGCAAGGAGGCUAUUGCGUUAUUUCAUGAGAUGCAGGAAGCAAAGGUGGCCCCAAAUGAGAUCACAAUGGUCAAUCUCCUAUCUGCUUGCUCUCAGCUCGGAGCAUUAGAAAUGGGGAUGUGGGUUCACCAUUACAUUGACAGACAUCGGCUUUAUCUUAGUGUUGCUCUUGCCACAUCUCUAGUUGACAUGUAUGCAAAGUGUGGCAACAUCAAGAAAGCCAUAUGUAUUUUCAAAGAGGUCCCAGAGAAAAAUGCUCUCACAUGGACAGCAAUGAUCUGUGGUCUGGCAAAUCAUGGACACGCAGAUGAGGCUAUAGAGCACUUCCGUAGAAUGAUAGAGGUUGGAUUACAGCCGGAUGAGAUUACAUUCAUUGGGGUUCUCUCUGCGUGUUGUCAUGCUGGUUUGGUUGAAGAAGGUCAGGAAUUUUUCUCACUGAUGGACUCAAAAUAUCACCUUAAGAGGAAAAUGAAACAUUAUUCAUGCAUGAUAGAUUUGUUAGGCAGAGCAGGGCAUUUAGAUGAAGCAGAAAAGCUAGUAAAUACCAUGCCUAUGGAUCCUGAUGCUGUAGUUUGGGGUGCUCUCUUCUUUGCUUGUAGGAUGCAUGGUAAUAUCACUCUUGGCGAAAAGGCAGCAAUGAAAUUGGUUGAACUAGAUCCAAGUGAUAGUGGAAUCUAUGUGCUGCUGGCUAAUAUGUAUGCAGAGGCAAACAUGCGGAAGAAAGCUGACAAAGUGAGGGCUAUGAUGAAACAUUUGGGAGUGGAGAAGGUUCCUGGAUGUAGUUGCAUUGAGCUGAAUGGUGUAGUUCAUGAAUUUAUCGUGAAAGAUAAAUCACAUGUUGAUAGUAAUGCAAUUUAUGACUGCUUAUAUGAGAUCACGCUACAAAUAAGACAUACUGCAAACAUGACUGACAUUUCAGCUACUGGCAUCAUGUAGCAUUUUUUGGCCUAGAAACUGCUAGCCUAGGUCUGAGAUAUGUUGCGUCUGUUGUGUUCUACAGCUCAAUCAUCUGAUGAAUUUUACCAGCUGGCCAGGCAAUGUGCUUAGAGAAGUGGAUUUUCUUAUGCUUGAAAGCAAUAUGGCUUGGAAUAAUAGAUUGAUGAGAUGCAAACUUGCAAAGAGCAUGUACAUAUAUAGGCAAGGGUCUCUAGGGUCUAUAGAAACAGAACCAGCCAAGAGAUUCUUGCCUAAUAGAUCAUCAUCUAUCCCAUCUAAGUAUCCUAGGGUUGCAGCAUAGGGCAAGGCAUGAAGCCUGUGCGCCAGCACCUAGGGCCAAAGGCCCGGCCUAAUAACCCUUGCUAACAAUGCUGAUCAAAAUUUGUGUGACCUCAAGAGCAUUUCUGGUCCUUUUGCAGCUUAACUGAGAUAAUGAUUUUGCAUAUUAAUGAAGAUAGUGAUGUCCUUGACAUGCUCAAGGGAGCACAAUUUACUGGAAGAACAGUGACAGAAGAGAGUAGCAACUUGCAAGCUGUGUACCUUUAUAUUCAUAAGGUCUUGAACUCUGCAGAUUAAGGAUGUUAGUAUGAAAUUGCCGCCGCAUGGAGCCACAUGCCAUAGUCUCAAAAGCAGUUCCAUUAGUGUCCCUCAAGUACAACAGUGGCCUGCUGGUAUGUAUAUAAAUACAUGCAAAGAUGUUUGAUAAUCUGCAACACGCAGAGCUGCAUUUUGUAAUUCUUAUCUUUAUAACUGCAAUUGAUGAUUCCUCCUCACUUUUUGAUGAUAGUCUAGCCUUUGUACCAACAGGUGAACUAGCAAAUACAGACCUUUGUGCAAUGCAAAUGCUGAAGUAUCAUAAUUUAAUACAGACCUUUGUGCAAUGCAAAUGCUGAAGUAUCAUAAUUUUAUUUCAGAAACACAUGACAAAGUGACCCUAGCACUGAAAGUUUCGAAAUUAAGAUGCUUCUACUAAACCCAACAAUUUACAAGAAUUAAGGAUAAUUUAUAGCGUAUUGCAGUUAGUUUGGUGAAGGUAGACCAACUAUUAGCAAAAUGAUUGAUCCUAAGUUAUAGUAGUGAGUGGAUAACAUGUUGGGAUAAAGCAGUAACAAUGCACUAAUUAAUCCCUCAUCUUGUGAUGAACGAUUGAAUGUUGAGGAGAACAUCUACCAACAGAGAUGCAGCGGAAUGAUAACGAUCACAUGCACAAAAGACAACAAUUUACAUGGAAAAAACCUCCUGAAGGUGAGGAGUAAAACCCAUGGGAACAAUCAGUCCACUCCAAGCUUCCAUUAUAAUCAACAAAUGGUUACAAGGAGUCUUCUAUAGGGCCUCUAGAGGAUUACACCAGCAGCAACACAUUCACCAUGAUGCAAACUUGGCAUCAACAACAACCACCACAACCAUCUAGCAAGAGGUAUGACAACUGUCAAAUAGAGAAGUCACAGUUUCUGCUCCCUUCCAUAAUCAGUUCAUAUUUCAUAAACCACAGGUCCACUGUACACAAAUUUUGGUAGGCAAGCAGAUCCACGAGUCCCAUAACCACUGACAAAGUUUCAGCUCAAUCGGACACCGUUUCACCACCCAAACUGAUCAUCUACCGAAACUGCUCUGUGUUGAAACUGCAGUCACCAGAACUGACGAAACCCCUCCCAAAUCUGAUGGUAUGCUCAACGAAUCCUCAAACAAACUGACCAGACCGAAGUACUCUAAGUGUAGAAUGAGCUCACCAAGUUUGGCACAAAUCCAUGCACGUUUGAGCCUCAAAUCACUGACUUGAAGCAGAUCGAUUCAGAGCCACCAAAUCUAGGCAGACCUUCAUCUCCUUUUCCCUCUCUUCUCUCAAGUUGUGUUGUGCGUUCUGCUCUCCCUCUCUCAAGUGAUAUCCUGAGCUGGAGUCAAUGUUCCACAAGGCGCUAUUCCGCGCUCGCCUAGGCGCGCUUAGGCGGCGGGGUACCGCCUCGCCUAGGGGGUAGGCGGACCCCUAGGCGGCGCCAGCUCGUCGGCGCCGGCGGGGGAGGUGGUAGGGGCCGGGGACGAGGCAGAUCCGGCGACCCGGGGAUGAGGCAGAGCAGAGAGCGGCGGCGGCGGCGGAGGAGGCAAGGGACGGGCGGCGGCGGAGGAGGCAAGGGACAAAGACAAAUGUGAGGGUUAUCAUAUUUACUUUGGCAAACAUACACAAUUUACUUUGCAUACAAACCCUCACAUUUGUCUCUUUAUCAUAUAUUUGCACCACUUUCAUUUUGCGGAGAACACAAAAUGUAUUCUGUUAUUUACAAGUACGGGAAUAGUUAACCCAGAACAGGCAAGCUUAUCAUUGACACAAUCGGAGAGUGCAGGUUGCCAAACUUUAGCAUCGCAAGAGUUUCCAUCGGAAAAGUCUGCGCUUCUUGAUUCCUCUCCAAUAUAGGUUCCUUUGCAUCAAAAAUGGAAUCAGCACCUCGCGCCCCUUCUAGUAUGGCUUGGCAUGGACUUGGCCACAGUUCUGACAUUCUUGUUUUUUAGAGAAUUAAGUUAUAUUCAGCACCAUUUAAGGUAUUCUCCUACACAAGGAACAUUAGGGAUUAUGAGGGACCCACUUGGACAAACACCCCUGUUUCCUCCAUUGCAGUUCCCAACAAAAGAACCAUGAAAAUAUGGAUUAACUUUUUCUUUUUUUUACAAUGAUCGACUGUUCCAGUCAAAUCUCCAAAUUUCUCUACUUGAAGCCCACAUUAUGUACAUUUCCUUAAUGCAUUAUGAUCAACAUGUACAAAGUCACUCCUACAUUCUAAAUUUCUAAUUCAUCCCUCCAACUUACAUUGCUGGAACUUGAUAGAGACACUUGGCGAAAAGGCAAGAAGAUAUAUCUUUUAUUAGGGUGGAGUUGGAUAUGAGGCUCAAGCACAUAUGGUACUAGCUAGAUAGUGUUGUCUUCCAAUUGUGCAGCAACUUGAAUCUUCUUUCAGCUUGACUGCUUGCAAUUUUUAUCUUGAUGCCUUUCACUGUGUUGUCAUCCUGCGUAUAGUGUACGGUGUCAAUGAAAUGAAGGUACUGGCACAAACAAAGAGUGUCCAAAACUGUGCAAGAGUAUUACCAAUCCUUUGAAUAGAGGUGCGGGUUUCCCUAUCCUGUGGCCUGAUGGUAUGAGAUCCCAUAGCCUUUUUGCUUUGUAUUUAUCUCCUUUUUCAUCACAAAAUGAUAGAUGCUCUUCUGGACAUAGAUUGAGCUGUUGGAGGACCUAAAUAAGAUAUUAAUGAUGCUUUAGACUCAAAUGGAGAAUAUUCUCAAAUACAAGUAGUUGCAUUGUUGCUCGUUAAAUCGGGGACAAACCUCUUUUGAGAAGGAUGGCAUGAAAGGUUCCAGCAAACAGGCCAGGAGGUACACAAGGCCAACAGAAGUCUUUAUCACAGUUGUGCAACAAGGUGGAUCUUGUUUGUAAAGCUUCCAAAACUGACUCUGCUGCAUAUCCAGGAAAAGAUUAGGUUAACCCUGAGGUGGUUUCAUCAAUGCAUAAAGAUUCUCUGGAUAACAAGGCAUGAAGGCUUACUUGCAGAUUGAUGACAGCGGUUCAAAUUAAGAUUAUUGACUAAACAAAAUCGAUCGAAAAUCAAGUCAUUACCUUGUCCAUUGCAUCUAUAUACUGGUCAACCAAUUUGCCAACCGUUUCUGAAAAUGCCUGAGUCCGUGGAUGCGACUCCGCAUUUGUUGCAGGAGGUAUGAUGGAACCAUAUCCAGCUCCUGCAACAGCAGUUCAGCAGUCAUCGAUGGAUGCCAUGAUGAAUCUGAAAGCAUAUUCAAACCAGUAAGAUGUUUCUUGUCUACUGACCCUCUGGUUUCACAAUGAAGCUUAGCACUCGAUUGAUGAAGUUCCCCAACUUUUUUACCAACUCGUUGCGGAGCUUGGCUUGUAAAUCUGUCCAAGUGAAUUGUGUGUCUGAUGCCUGAAAGUUAGAGAAAUUAAUUUAACAGAGAUAUCUUAGUUAUGUAUAUACCUGCAUAAAGACAUCAAGGUCUAUUGAGUAAUCCGAAA